CCAAGCCCGACGAUGCGCUGUAAGGCGCACGCCUUCCUAGUCCCGAUCUUGUCCGUGUUUCCCGCGAAAUGGCUCGCUUCCCAGAGCCACAACGCGGAGCGGAGCGAGCCUCGUGCGCCCUUUCUUCUGUCCAGCCGGCUGAUCCGGACCAAAAGAGCCGGGGCUGCUUCCAGCGGAGACCGGUGUCCUUCUAGGGGCCGAAACUAGCGGGGUAGGCGGCUUGCCAGCCAGACUGACCACGUGCUCCAGUUCUGAAUAUUCAACAGCAGGAGAGUUGGCAACCGGCAGCGGCGGCACGCGCUGGAAGCUGUCCGUUCAUCUGGCUCGGGAAGCGGCUUCGGACUGGAUUGGGGCAGCGCAGAGGCCGGCCACGGCGGUCGACAGUAGCCGAGCAGUCCCCGCGGCGCGAGCUCGCUUCGCUUGUGUCUUUUUGUGUGUGUCCCCCUCCUGGCAGCUGAUUGGCCGCGGCUUGCCUGACGUCACAAUUGGGAGUUUCUAUAUGUUCCCCUAAACAUAACGGGUUCUGGACAAGUUCUUAGGCAGCCAAGAUUACUUGCCGGGCGCGCAGACAGGGCCCACAGGGAGGGGACGGCAACUGGCCGAGGCGCCCAUUGGAGAGUGACUUUCAAGGCUGAUGGCCGCAUGAAGCGCGCAGUCCAAGCCCCGCGUGCGCUUGCCAAGCCUGGACCUUUUCCAGCGUGCCUGCAGCAGCUGAGACCAGAGCGCUUGCAAAGGUUAAGUGGUCGGGGACUUCGGGUCCACCGCGCAGUGGCCUGACGAGCGGAGCUUCCGUGCGGUGCACCAGGAUUUUCCUCAGGCUUGCGGGCGGUAAGAGCGGCGGCAAAGGGGAUCGGGACUUUUCCAGCAGCCGAAAGCAAUGGGAACGGUGAGCUCCGCCGGCUCUGUGCCCGCCACGGUGAGUGAGAAUGGCAGCAGCGGCCCCAGUGCGGGCAACUCUACCCAGACGGCAGAAAGCUGGCUAGUGGGCAUGGGCAUCCUCAUGUCUCUGAUUGUUCUGGCGAUCGUCUUUGGCAACGUGCUGGUCAUUACUGCCAUCGCCAGGUUCCAGAAGCUGCAGACAGUCACCAACUAUUUCAUAACCUCCCUGGCUUGUGCGGACCUCCUGAUGGGGUUGGCGGUUGUCCCUUUCGGAGCCAGUCAUAUCAUGCUAAACACGUGGAAGUUUGGGGACUUCUGGUGCGAGUUUUGGACUUCCAUAGAUGUGCUGUGUGUCACGGCCAGCAUUGAAACCCUCUGUGUCAUCGCUGUGGACAGGUACUUUGCCAUCACGUCGCCUUUCAAAUAUCAAAGCCUCUUGACCAAGAAUAAAGCCAGGCUGGUUAUCCUGUUAGUCUGGAUAGUUUCUAUCCUGACAUCCUUCUUGCCUAUCCAGAUGCAUUGGUACAGAGCCAGUAAGGACGACGAGGCGGCCCGCAAGUGCUAUGAGGAUGCCACCUGCUGUGACUUCUUCACCAACCGAGAGUACGCCAUCACUUCCUCCAUCAUCUCCUUCUAUCUACCUUUGGUGGUCAUGAUUUUUGUCUAUGCCAGAGUUUUCCAAGUUGCUCAGAAGCAGCUAAAGAAGAUUGACAGAUGUGAAGGGCGGUUCCAUCAGCACAGCGGUGCUCUACAGGAACAGAAUGGGGGAAGGGCAAGCCAUCGGAGAGCAUCCAAGUUCUGUCUGAAGGAGCACAAAGCUCUAAAAACUCUGGGCAUCAUCAUGGGCACCUUUACAUUGUGUUGGCUCCCUUUCUUCAUAGUCAACAUUGUCUUUGUCAUCUAUCCGAAUUGUGUCCCCAAAUUUGUAUACAUCUUUUUGAACUGGGUGGGGUAUGUCAAUUCAGCCUUCAACCCCUUGAUCUACUGCCGCAGCCCAGACUUUAGGUAUGCUUUCCAGGAGAUUCUCUGCAUCCGGAGGUCUGCUCUGAAAAUGUAUGUAAAUGGAUAUUCGAACAGUAACGGGAAAGCUGACUUCAUUGGGGAUCACAAUGGCUAUCAUAUGCGAGAAGAGAAGGCUAGUGAACUGCUGAAUGAAGAAGGAGGCCCCCCUACUGGGGAAGAGUUUUUACACUGUAAAGAGAUUCCUGGAUGUCCUGGAGUGGUUGAAAGUUGAAUGGGCAAAGCAUUCCUCCUCACCAAUUGCAACUCAAAGAAGUUUGUGAAGAGAGAAGCCCAAGUUCAGCCCUACUUCUGCCAGUAUGGGGAACUAAUGCUCUUUCUCCCAUACAUUCCUUUACAGAGAAGUAACAGAAAGGGCCGCUAGCAAGCGGAGAAACCAGGCUGAGAAAUGUGGGGCAAGUGCAGCAAAUGAGCUGUUUCAAGGAUCCAGCUGUAGAAACAGAAUCAGUUUUGUGAAACAGAGUUUGAGAUGGGAUUGAAGACUACAUAGACAAUGCAGUAAUGAAAGACUUUCUCCAAGCUGAAAGAUAUGGGUCCCCAGAAGCAGUUUCAGAGUUACAUUUCUUAUCCACUCAAUCUCUACAGCAAAUAUCCUCAAGGGACUGGAAAAUACAUUUUUUCAUUGCUUACUUGUGGAAGGGGCACCAAACAUCUGGCUUUGAGGUGAAACUAGCAGAGUGCUGGGAUUCUGUCUGGACCUCUAGCCGGCCUUCACAAUUCAAAUGGGAGAAGAACCUUGGAAGAAAUAAACAAAGAAGCAUCUUCACAACCCAGUUGAUUAAUAUUGUGCUUUCUACAUCAGCUUCUUUUGCUGAAAGCUUUUUCCUGACUUUUUCCCCAAGCCAACAUCCCUAGAGUCAUGUGAUAUCACACAGAUGGGGGUAAAUUAUCACUCUGUGAUAGAAUUUAAGAACUUGUAUUCAGCUUAUUCAGACACGGCUCUUAAUGAUACGGCUUCCAUGCAAUCUAAGAAAGGACCGGAAGUGAGGACCUGAAGAGCCCAAGAUUGUAAGGCAGCUGCACUAUUUUUAUUUUUUGUUUACUUUUCAGCAUCCAGAUGCUCAUCAUUUACAUUUUUGGAAGCUAGGUUUUCAGGCACGAGCCUGAGAUGAUCACAGAAUAACUGAAUCCUUCCUCUUGAUUCUUGAGAGGGCUGACAUGGAUUACUCACCUCCCUACAGGUGCUGCUGCUAGGUCAUGCCCUAUGUUAGCAUGGCUGCAAGGAGACAAUAGGACUAUUCCAAGCCUUUGGAAGGAGAGGGGGAGCUGUACAGAGUGCCUGGAAAAGACAAUGUAAAAAUGGUGCUGGGGUGAGAGGGUUCAGCAUGAGGGGGAGAAAAGGGAAGUAGAUGAUAGAAGGUGGCUUCAGGAGAAGGGAGAAUCUUCGUGGUUGUGAUUUUAUACCUAAGCCUCUCUCCCUAGGUAUUAGGAACUCUGAUAUGUAAAAGUGUAAUAUUUUCCAGCUCAGCUCAAAAAUAUAGAAGAAAAGCUACUGAUUUGGUUAUUCUGGUAGAGACUUUGUCCCAUAUGAUUUAAGAGAUGCCUGGAGCUCUCCACAAAUUAUUUUCAGACAACUAGUUAUGUUGUAUGCCAUCCCGUCUGCAAGAAGUGUGAUAAUGCCAAGAAUCAAAAGGUCAUUCAGGCUUCAUCUGUGUGGCUAAAGAGAAGAAGAAAUUCAUGCUAAAAACUGUGGGAAAGAUAAUCAGCCAGAAGAGCAGCUGAUGGCUUUGCUAUUUUGAAUGACAAAUGAUUGUAUUGCUGUUUAGUCUCAGUGACUGCACAAGCAUGAACCUUUACUCAUCAGUUGGCUUUUAGCUCUUGGACCCUGAAGAAUCAUGAGCAGGGAGGGGAAGGAAGGAAUCCAGAAUAGGAAUGUUUGGUGUGAAAUUGAGACUCUCUGGGCUUCCACCUGUGCUGCUGUACAAUUGUGACUAGUAUUUAUUUAUUUAUUAUACAAUGCCAUAAGAAGAGAUUGCAGAAUUUCUUAAACCUGUUCAGAUAUUCAAAAUGUGAAGAGAUGAGCAAGAUUGUGCUUGCUGGCCUUACCCAUUGAUCUUCCAUGCAUAUAGACAAAUGUUUGCAGGGAACCCUGUGAGCAUACAAGUGGUUGAACAUAGGUUCUGUACACAUGGUUGGAACCCUGCUUAUCACAGCAUUCCCAAUCACAUAUAAAUACCCAUGUGCACGUCCACAUGUAGGGCUCCCUGCAAGCAUUCAUCUGUACCCAUGGAUAUCUCAAGUGGGACCAUUGGAGGUAGUCCUGUUUUCCUUCAUGAUACACACUUUGUACAACUGAACAGGGCUUUCCCCCCUAGCUUUUUAUUCUUCCUUUCUAAGGAGAAAGGCAGUGAUAAAUCUCUCAGUGCAAUGAGCCACUGGCUCCACCCAAAUAAAACUG